GUUGAAUUCUACGGCUUAAAUCAUUCCUUAUUUCUGCGCUUUCUCUUAUAAUACCCAUCGAAUGUUAUAGUCAAAAAGUUCUUGAUUAUCAAUCUUUCCACAGCUAUUGUUGAUUCAUCAUCUACGUAUUUGGUGCUCUCAGAUCAAUCAAAAGUGUUCAGUAAUUAUCAGUCUUACAAGUCACUAUUGGAUUGCAAUUUUACUGAUUCAUCCAUGUGUAAAUGGUCUAAUGACCAGAAUAAUUGGCCUGUUAACUGGGAGCUUGAAUUAACUGAUAGAUUCAGUACAAGUUUUAAUCAGGAAAGUUCUGGACUUAUUUGUUUAGAUGCAACUAAAUCAAUUCGACCGAUGGACUUAAGUGCAAGACUUUUUAGUUCACUAAUGAGCUCUACUUUCAAUAACCUUUGUUUAAAAUUAGUUUAUACCAUCGUCAUUUCCAGCCGUACAUCUAGUACGGAUUCAUCAGAAAUUUUAACAGAUGGAAUUUCCACUAUGCCUAAAUUGUCAUUAUUACGUCGUCAAAUGGGGUAAGACGUACUCUUUAUUGGAUGACUAUGCUACUAAUACCACUAUUACUUUUAAAUUAUUCAAGAGAAGAGUUGCAACAAUG